CUGUGGGGCGGGCGGGCUGGCGGGCGCUGCGGCGACCGCGGCUGCUGCUUCCUCGGGCCAUUUUGCUGAGGAGCGAAGGGGAGGAGGAGCCGCCGAGGAGACUCAAGGCGAGGAGCGGCGAGCCGGAGGAGGCGGCGACCGCGCGGGCACGGGCUUUCCUCGAUCGCGGGGAUCUCGAGGGGCGAAGGGAUCGCCUGGGAGGGGGACUGGAGAGCCGCGCCUGCCGCGCGGCGCGCCCCUUCCCGCCCCCUGCACCAUGAGCUGGGGCACCGAGCUCUGGGAUCAAUUUGACAACUUAGAAAAACACACACAGUGGGGAAUUGAUAUUCUUGAGAAAUACAUCAAAUUUGUAAAGGAAAGGACAGAGAUUGAACUCAGCUAUGCAAAGCAACUCAGGAAUCUUUCGAAGAAAUACCAACCUAAAAAGAACUCGAAGGAGGAAGAAGAAUACAGGUAUACAGCAUGUAAAGCCUUCCUUUCCACCCUGAAUGAGAUGAACGAUUAUGCUGGACAGCAUGAAGUCAUCUCCGAGAAUAUGACCUCCCAGAUCACCGUGGAGUUAGCACGCUACGUCCAGGAAUUGAAGCAGGAGAGGAAAUCGCACUUUCAUGACGGACGGAAGGCACAGCAGCACAUAGAGACUUGCUGGAAGCAACUAGAAUCAAGUAAAAGACGUUUUGAGCGGGAUUGCAAAGAGGCUGACCGAGCCCAGCAGUACUUUGAGAAAAUGGAUGCUGACAUAAAUGUUACAAAAGCAGAUGUUGAAAAGGCACGACAACAAGCUCAAAUGCGUCACCAAAUGGCAGAGGACAGCAAAGCAGAUUACUCAUCAAUUCUUCAGAAAUUCAACCACGAGCAGCAUGAAUAUUACCAUACUCAUAUUCCCAAUAUCUUUCAGAAAAUACAAGAGAUGGAGGAGAGGAGGAUAGUGAGAAUUGGAGAAUCAGUGAAGACGUAUGCAGAGCUGGAUCGGCAGGUGAUUCCAAUCAUCGGGAAGUGCUUGGAUGGAAUAGUAAAGGCAGCCGAGUCAAUUGAUCCGAAAAAUGAUUCACAGCUGGCCAUAGAAGCUUAUAAGUCCGGUUUUGAGCCGCCUGGAGACAUUGAAUUUGAGGAUUACACCCAGCCGAUGAAGCGCACUGUGUCAGAUAACAGCCUUUCGAAUUCCAGAGGAGAAGGCAAAUCAGAGCUCAAAUUUGGUGGCAAAUCCAAAGGAAAGUUAUGGCCGUUCAUCAAAAAAAAUAAGCUUAUGUCCCUUUUAACAUCCCCCCAUCAGCCUCCCCCACCUCCCCCUGCCUCUGCCUCACCCUCUGCUGUUCCCAACGGCCCCCAGUCUCCCAAGCAGCAAAAGGAACCCCUCUCCCAUCGCUUCAACGAGUUCAUGACCUCCAAACCCAAAAUCCACUGCUUCAGGAGUCUAAAGCGUGGGGGUGCGACUCCAGAAGAUUUCAGCAACCUCCCACCUGAACAGAGAAGGAAAAAGCUACAACAGAAAGUCGAUGAAUUAAAUAAAGAAAUUCAAAAGGAGAUGGAUCAAAGAGAUGCCAUCACAAAAAUGAAAGAUGUCUACCUAAAGAAUCCGCAAAUGGGAGACCCCGCCAGUUUGGAUCACAAAUUAGCAGAAGUCAGCCAAAAUAUAGAAAAACUGAGACUGGAGGCCCAGAAAUUUGAGGCCUGGCUGGCCGAGGUUGAAGGCAGACUCCCAGCACGCAGCGAACAGGCCCGUCGGCACAGCGGCAUGUACGAUGUGCAGAACCCCCCAGCCGUCAACAACUGUGCACAGGAUCGGGAGAGCCCGGAUGGCAGUUACACGGAGGACCAGAGUCAGGAGAGUGAGGUCAAGGUGCUGGCCACGGAUUUCGACGAUGAGUUUGAUGAUGAGGAAUCCCUCCCCGCCAUAGGGACGUGUAAAGCUCUCUACACGUUCGAAGGUCAGAACGAAGGAACCAUUUCAGUAGCUGAAGGAGAAACACUGUACGUUAUAGAGGAAGACAAAGGUGACGGGUGGACCCGCAUCCGGAGAAGUGAAGACGAAGAGGGUUAUGUCCCCACUUCAUACGUCGAAGUCUAUUUGGACAAAAAUGCCAAAGGUGCUAAGACUUAUAUUUAAUACAACUUAAAAAAAAACCAAAAACACAAAAAACUUUAAAACAUUGGAGUUGUUUCUCCCCACAACUAUGACUGUUAACAGGCAGUUCUUCAAAAGACUGGAUGGGGAGCGUCGCAGUUUCUUUUAGGGACGAGGUGGACUUUCAGGCAUCUUACACCUGAAUUUCCUGGGCUGGUUUUGACGAUAAUCACGUUUCACUUGCUAAUGACAUUUUACUUGGAAAGCUGCCAGCUGCCAAUGUACAACUGUGUCCUUUGAAAUCUGGGCAGCAUCUGUAGAUAACCAAAAAGUUGCCUUCUAGCUUCUAAUCCGUAUUUCUGAAUCUAAAAGUCCAUGCACAUCCUAGGGGUGCAGAAGACUUCAGUUCUCUUAUUUAUAUGUAGUGUCUGCCAGAAAUUGAACUACCUUAGAAUGUUACAUUUUGUAACUUCAUAAACUGAACUACGCUAGUUUGUUCAAUUUUACAGUCAUUCACUUCAAAGGAAGUCAUCAAUGAAGUAUAGAAUAAGUAAAGAAUAAGAUUGGUACCAAAAGUGUGUAUAUUUCCUUAAACAUGUUUAAGAUAAUUGUUAGAUCACCGUGUUUUCAGGUUAUGUCUAUAUGAUCCUACGCAACCAACUGAAAUAUGGAAAACUUUGGUCGAUCAACCAGUUGAUUUUUACAUAUGACUACUGAUCUUCCUUCCUCCUGCCAGUUGACAGAGCUGAUCAGAUGUGCUAGUGCUGUUUAGAUAAACUUACAUAAAAACAGCUCACUUCAUUCUGUUCUUUUGGAGGUUUUGUGGGAGGUGGAGCUGUAUUCCGUUCAUACUUGCCCAGGUGGGGCUGUGAAUAGACCCUUGUAAGCAACUGCUCUAUACACAGACCCCAGCACGUCACUUUUCAAGGGUUUUUUGGUUUGUUUUUUAAUCACUGGCAUCUUUAAGACCCAAAGUGUGAAUCCACUGAAAACUGUUUUAGAAUUUCUAGCUCGUUCUAUGGUUCACCAUCUUCAAAGAAUCUGGGUCACUUGGGGAUUUGCAUUUUUAAAUUGGCAGGAUAGGUAGUGAAAUUGGUGACAUGCCCAAUGGCUGUGCUCAUUUCUAGAAUCUUCCCUGAGAUCACAGAGAACCAGCUAAAAGUGAGUCAGAAUAAAGGUAUGGGGUUGAGAUUCUCUUUUUAUUUGGCUUUGAAAAUUAUUUAUUCAUGUCCUUCCUACUCUUAAACAGGAUAUUAGCUCCUUGCUUCGACACUGUGGGCUCCUUUUAGAAUGUCAGAUCAAUUUAAAGCUGAUUUUAAAACUGACAGCAGCAUAUCAGGGGUCUAGGAGCUGGCAGGAGCUAUGGGCGACUGCUGCAGAGUCUAGCAGAGAGCUCUCUUACAUUUCCCGACGGCCGCCAAGAUGGAAUUUAGUAACCUUUACUUAAUGACUGUCUGAUUUUUGUUUUGUUUUGUUCUUUUGAGGUACGCGGGCCUCUCACUGCUGUGGCCUCUCCCGUUGCGGAGCACAGGCUCCGGACGCGCAGGCUCAGCGGCCGUGGCUCACGGGCCCAGCCGCUCCGCAGCAUGUGGGAUCUUCCCGGACCAGGGCACGAACCCGUGUCCCCUGCAUCGGCAGGCGGACUCCCAACCACUGCGCCACCAGGGAAGCCGUGACUGUCUGAUUUUUAAAACAUUUUUUAUUUUGAAAUAAUUAUAGAUUCUCAGGAAGUUGCAAAGAUAAAGCAGAGAGAUCCCCUACAUCCAGCUUCCCCCAGUGGUUGCAUCUGACACAACUGUGGUCCAAUAUCAAAAGCGGGAAACCGGCCCUGGCCAGCCUGAUUUUUUUUUUUAAAUAUAAUUUUGUAAUUCAGAUUUCUUUUGCUUUAUUAUACCUUUGCUGCCGUAAUAUUGAUAAAGCCACUGACCCUGACCCCAGACCUCUCAGGAGAGUCAUUUCAGUUCUUCCUUUUAACUACCGCAGCAAGAAAAUCAGCUGACCGUGGGGAUUGAACGGGCAGUAGGUGGUCACAGCUUUGGGCAGGUAACCAAGUGAAUCCCUAAGAUAUUAAAACCUAACCUUUCUAUCCUGCGAUGAACUCAUUUCCAGACUGUGAAUGAUUGGAGACAGCAAACCAAGCACUGAAAAAUGAGGCAGGAUAACAUUAGUCUUCUAAAAGCCUGACUUGAAAAGUACGGCAUUCCACGAAGUUGGUUGGUGGUGUUUCUUUUGUUUUCCCCUCCUCCUUAGAGUUGUGCAAAUCUGACUCAGGAAAGCGCUCAGCUGGCUUUCGGGGAUGGGAGGGGCGAUUUGGGCACAUAAAUGAUGAUCAUUAUUUUAGGCUGUAUGCCCCAGUACCUUUACCAGAUGAAUCUAUGUACUAGCGACUCAACGGUGAAAGAUAUCUUGUAGUUUCAGGUCCAUCUAGUCAGUGCGCAGAGGAUUAGCAGAAGUCUUGAUUCCCAGAGAAUCACAAAUUUCCAUUUCCACCCGAAGUAUACUUUGUGUUCUUCCAACAGUUAUCUGUUAAAAUAAAAGUAGCAAAGUCUCAGCUUGUGUAUAAAGUUUUCUCCUUUUGUUUAGAGAUACACUUAGAGGUUAAUAAUGUAUGUCGAAGCCUUCCUUCCCUGCCUUGUUUAUAAAUCCGCUCCGCCUGCUCCAUAAACGCUGCCCUCUCCUUAAGCCCGUCCCAGGUGGGCGGGGCUGCUGCUUUCCGAUGCCCGUAACUCAAAAGGAGUUGUUUUAUUGUCAGUAAUGCCAGAGCACUUUUGUGUGUGUGUGGUGUCUACCAUGUGACUAUUUAAUAAUUGCCAAAGUAGUUAGACUAGAGUAAGUUCCAACUGGUCAACUGAAUUGUGACUGUCCUCUUUUAUGGUUUUGUUUUUGUUUUUUUAAAUUGCUCUCUGUGAAAUAUAUCCAUAACCGCCCCCUGCCCCAAUAGAUUUGUAUAUACUGCAAUAGAAAAACUAAAAGGAUUACUUGAAUUCGUUGUUUUAAUGUUUUACUCUUCUUUGUGUUUGUUUUAUUGGUGAUUCUGAUGCCUAAUGACCUUUUUGUUUUUGUAACCGCUGGGGGAGCCGGAAGGACGGUUACAGUGGUAGCUAGGUCCCCUGCCAGCUGAUCCACACUUGAGUUUAUUGUAGACACUUGGGUUCUGAGUAAGUUCUGUUUGAAUAUGGCCAACAUGACUGUUCCUCUCUCUCCUUAUCUUACAAGAAAAGAAUCUGUCUGGCUCCUUUUAGUUGUACCCUCGUAUCUGCCUCUCUAAUAAACGUUAUAUUUUUCUCA